AUGGGCCUGAGAGACCCAUUUUUCCUGCUGUCGCUUAUAUUGAAGUAUUUCCUGGUAUUUCCUGGAGUUUCAGCAUCCCUGGAAUCAGACGGAGGCUGGUUGACCAGCAGGCCCUCUGCUCUACUGGAGGAGGACAGCUGCACAGUGGAGAGAAGAGAUGCUGCCCUCACCUACGCCCAGUUCAUUGAGCAGUACGCUUUCUCCAGGCCAGUUAUUCUCCAGGGAAUAACCAACAACAUGGAAUUUCAGGCUUACUGCACCAAGGAGAAGCUGUUGGCCACAUUUGGAGAUUGCCUGGUCCGCCUCAGCACCGCCAACACCUACUCCUAUCGCAAAGUUGACCUGCCCUUCCAGGAUUACGUGGAUCAAUUGCUGGACCCCCAGGACCCAGACUCCCUGGGGAGUGAAACGCUGUACUUCUUCGGGGACAAUAACUUCACCGAGUGGGGUCCUCUCUUCCAGAAGUACCGGCCCCCUCCGUUCCGGCUCCCGGGCACCACCAGAGCGUACAGUUUUGGGAUUGCCGGCUCUGGCUCAGGGGUGCCUUUCCAUUGGCAUGGUCCAGGAUACUCCGAGGUGAUCUUUGGCAGAAAGCGCUGGUUUCUGUAUCCCCCGGAGAAAACACCAGAGUUCCAUCCCAACAGAACCACUCUGUCUUGGUUGCUGGACACCUACCCUUUUCUGCCACCCUGGGAGAGACCAAUUGAAUGCACCAUUCACCCUGGAGAGGUCCUGUACUUCCCAGACCGCUGGUGGCACGCCACCCUCAACCUGGACACCAGCGUUUUCAUCUCCACAUUCCUGGGUUAG